AUGUCUGCUAACGCCGUUGCGUCACUCUACCGACGGAGUCUCAAGCUUGCCCUUGACUGGGCAGUUCACAGACACGUAUGGAGAGGACAAGCCGUGUAUAUUCGGUCCCUGUUUGAGGCAAAUAAGGACGUCCGUGAUCCUCGUCAACAAAGAGUGCUACUCCGCGAAACCGAGAAAUUACUGGAAACUUGGAAACACCCGGAUCCGUACCGCGCACCUACUGCCCCCGGUGGCAGUAAAUACGAGAGAAACCUUCCUGCUCGGCAGUUACCUUAUGCUUCUCAACAUGCAAAUGCCCACUAA